AUGGCGUCCGAUCAUGAGCGCCUCCGCGCCCUCAAGGCCUUCGACGACACCAAGGCCGGCGUCAAAGGCCUCGUCGACGCAGGCGUCACCGCCGUACCCUCCAUCUUCCACCAUCCGCCCGAAUCCCUUCUUCUUGAUGCAUGUCCACCUCAUCACCUUGAUCACGAGCAGCACUUCCCGGUCAUCGACCUCGCGGCCGGCGACCGAGCCGGGCUGGUGGCCCAGGUGAAGGCGGCCGCGGAAACCGUGGGCUUCUUCCAGGUGGUGAACCACGGCGUGCCGGAGACGGCCAUGUCGGACAUGCUCGCGUGCGUGCGCCGCUUCCACGAGUCGCCGGCGGAGGCCAAGGCGCCGUACUACAGCAGAGACCCCGGGCGGCGCGUGCGGUACCAGAGCAACUUCGACCUCUUCCAGUCGCCCGCGGCCAGCUGGCGCGACACCCUCUUCAUGGAGACUGCGCCGGUGCCGGAGGAGAUCCCGCCAGAGUGCAGAGCCAUAGCGCCCGAGUACGUGAGGCUGGUGCGGGAGCUCGGGCGCGCUCUCCUCGAGCUGCUGUCGGAGGGGCUGGGCCUGGACCCGAGGUUCCUCGAACAGGAGUGCCUGGACGGGGACGGGCUUACCGUGGCGGGGCACUACUACCCGGCGUGCCCGGAGCCGCGGCUCACCAUGGGCACCACCCGCCACUCCGACCCCAGCUUCCUCACCGUGCUCCUCCAGGACGCCGUCGGCGGCCUCCAGGUCCUCGUCGACCGCCUUGACGAAGACGGCAAGAAGCAGACUGCGGCGUGGGUGGAUGUGCCGGCGGUGCCUGGGGCGCUAGUGGUGAACAUCGGCGACUACAUGCAGCUGGUAUCCAACGACAGGUUCUGGAGCGUCGAGCACCGCGUGGUGGCCAGCGGCGCGGGGCCCAGGGUCUCCGUCGCCUGCUUCUUGCGGACAGACACGUCCACAAAGGUGCUCACACCAAUCGUCACCGGCGACCAUGGCGAGGCGCGGUACAAGAGCACCACGGUGGCGGAGCUCGUGAAGCACUACAGGGCCAAGGGUCUCGACGGCACAUCUUCACUCCAACACCUCAGGGUCUGAAUGAAUCUAAUGUGUGGUAUCUUUUACCUCUUGUGUUUGAAGGUACAGAUAAUCAAUCGGUGAAUGAACAAUGAUGUUGCCUAGAUCAACAAUCAAGAACCACAUCUCAGUGCACCUGCUCGCCAACUGUGAUUUUUCGAUGUGGGUCUGGCAAAAGGUUCUAAGAAGAAUGGGAAGGCCACUGAUAUCUCCGUUACAUAGUGCCAUUUCUCUAUAUAAUUGGUGGGAAGUGCAAGCAGACGGACUAAAUAAUCAAGGUUCCAGAGCCUGGAACUCAUGUGUCACGAUUGUUUGGUGGAUGCUCUGGAAAGAGAGGAACGAUCGCGUUUUCAACAACAAGAGGGCCACCCCUAAAUCUGUCUACAUGAAGAUCAUUGAUUUAGCGCAAGACUGGUUGUUUGCAGGGCGCACAUUACUAAGGAGAUUGGCUCACAGACCACGAGAACUUGACUGAAUUGGCAAGAGCUUUUUGGUGUCUCGCUGAAGUAAAACUUCAGUUUGCUCGGAGUUCUAGCACUCGGUGUAUAGCUUUGUUUUGGUUUCAGUUCUGCUGAAACUUUCUCUUCCUUUCCUUUUGUUUUGGUGUCUUUUCUGAUUUUCUGUUUCUUGUAAGUUCAGAGUUGUUCACUCUGCGUGUUUUUUCCUCCUAUUAUCAAUGAAAGCAGUGCUUACUGCCUUUCGUCAAAA